AAGUGAUGCACAACCCAGUUACUCACUACCCAAUGACUGAUGCCCAAACAGUCACCAGCCUCUUCCAGGUAACUCCCCCAGUCAUAUUCUGGGCAUGAUGUUUUGUGGCAUGGAAUAUCCUUUUGGCUAGUUUGAACCAGCUGUUCUGGCCAUGCUCCUCCUGCAGCUCCUCAGUGGCAGAACGUGGGCAACAGAAAACUCCUUGGCUUGGAGUAAGCCACUACUUAACAACAACUCCAACAUGUCUGUGUUAUCAGCAUUCUCAUACUAAAUCCAACACUGUGCUGGCUACUAUGAAGAAAAUUAACGCAGUCCUAGACAGAAUCAGGACAGCAGUUGAUUGCUUCCUCCCCCUCCCCUGCUUCUGACAACUCAGCACACAUGGAACUCGAUGACAUCACAGACCUUGGAAUGUUGGUGGUGCCAGUUGUCCCCAGCGCUGAGAUGCAGAGGUAUGUGGUUCUCCACUUCCUCCUGAACAUCCUGGUGCUCUAAACAGAGGGGUUUUGUGGCCACAACAAGCCUUGCUGAGGCUGCAGAAGGUGGCACACUGCUUGUCUACGUCCACAGCCUGCAUGGCCUGCACUCCAGGACGACAAUUUGGAUUCUCCUGGUUGAUGCAGCCCAGAGCAUCCUGAAAAAUGUCAGAGCCAUUUCGCGUCUUUGGGCUAAUGAUGAUGGUCUACCCAGAAUCUCAAGGCUUGCAAGGUGAUGAUGACGAUGAUGGUGAUGAUGAUGACAAUGAAGAAUCAGGGAACUCCAGCCAUUCCGAGCUUCCUUCACCCUUGUGCAAGAACAGUGACAGCCCAGAUGACAAUCAGACAGAGUGUCUGGGAGAAUUCACCCUGCUUUCCCCAACUCCUGGGCACUUGGUGGAAGAUAAACAUGUGGGGUUGGCCAAGCAUGCGCUGGAGCUUGAGCCAGAAGAUCAGAAGUUUCAGGAACCAUUUUACAAAGACAUGGGAAUGUCUGACAGCUUGGCUGGAGAUGAGGAGCCCAGCCUGACCUAUCACCGUCCUGGGCAUCAGAGGUUGCCUGCUCUCCAAAAGACCAAUACAGCACCAAGUGGUUUCCAUGACUCUUUCCAGCACAGCUCAGGCCAGCACUUGGGGACAGAGGCCACUGCCACACAGGCCCAUGCCAGUGACCAUUACGUGGAACACCCAGAGAGCGCCACGGGAGCAGAGCCCCAGGUGCUGCUGGAGGAGGAUGGUGAGGACAAUGAGCAUAGGGAGGACAGGGAGUUCCCGUCCCUGCAGCCGACCUACGACUUGCUCUGGCAGGAGAACGGCAUGCUCAGGUCAGAGAACAAACUGCUCAGGAACGUGAACUUCAUGCUCAUGUCGGAGAACUUUGCACUCAGUCAGGCGCUCAAGGAGCUCAAGAAGGCCAGCACUGUGGUCGUGGAGGGGGAUGUAGUGCUCAGGGAGGAAUACAAUGUGCUCAGGGAACAGUGUGACAGGCUUGAGGGUGAGAAUGCUGCACUCAGCAGGGACAAUGCCAUGGUCAGGAGGAUGUUGAACACCUUCCAGAACAACUUGAAGAGACAGGCGUGCAUGGUGGUGAGCCUGCAGGAUCAGCUAAAGGCCAGCCAGGUGGAACGAGAGAGGGCAGCUGGGCAGUUCCAGUCCUUAGUCCAGGAGACUGAGUGUCGUCUUCAGAUAAUGAAGGAGCGGGCUCUGAAUGCCGAAACAAAUGUGGAGAGGCUGAAGCACAAGAUCUUUAUUCUCCAAGGACAGCUGGAGAGAUGCAAGCUGGAGAAUGAAAACCUGAGAACAGACUGGCCUGGAAGCAGUGAAGCACAACUUAGAGUUCACCAGGCAAAACUCCCACGAGCUCAUAAUGGGCAAAGAUGCCUCCCUCAGGCAGCUCCUGUCUCAGGAAUGCUGCCUGAUGUUGCUGAGGUCCUUGAAUCUACAAGAAAAAUUCUUAAAUUUUGAGCAGACAGAGGUCUUUGAGUGCAAUUCUGUGUGAGUUCCAUGGAUCCAUGUAUGGUCUGAGGCCAUCGUCUCCCACUUGCAAACAUUUACUGCAAAUUAAAGCAUUUCCUUUCCCAUUCUCAAA